AUGCAAGUGUUGUUGGACCCACGCACUGUAAAAUCAUUGGAAGAUAUUAUUAAAACAGCAGAAGAAUGGAUUAAAGAAAAAAACCACAUGCAAAAUAUCGUGAACGUUGUUAGAACUGAUCGACAGCUCCAACAAAACAGCAGCAUACCCGACAAACCACUGACAUUUGUUGGGCGUUGGGCCGAAGUAAAUAAAAUUAUUUAUUCCUUGGUGGAGAACGGCUGUGGAAUUGUCUCGAUUGUUGGUGGACCAGGGUUUGGCAAAAGCACCAUUGCAGUUGACGUUUCCCAUCAUUUAAGCAACAAGCAUGACAUCGUCGUUAUUUUCUCGUUUCUAUCAAAUGUUUCAACUGUGCCUGAAGUUCUUCUACGUCUCUGUCUUGACGUUGGCGUUAAUCCUGGAGAGGAUCCUGAAUCAGCGUUGAUGUUUUGGUUAAAGAAUAUUGAGAAAAAAGUUGUCCUUGUCAUGGACAACAUCGAGCAACUGCUUGAAGAAGAAGUGAGAUCCGAAUUUACUGAGUUAGUGGUUACGCUCCGCAAGAAUUCACAGCAACAGUUGCAGAUCCUAACAACGACAAGAACCGAAUUCGCAAUUCCUGAACAAACCACCGAAAACGUUCAAAUAGGAGAGUUGGAUGAAAAAUCUAGUGUCGAACUUUUGAGAAAGUGCUGCCCUAAUACAGAAGUGAAAUAUAGUUACUUGUGUGACUUGGCUAACUUGUGUGGUUUUAUUCCUCUAGCUUUGUGUAUCGCUGGACCUCGAAUUGCAGAUCUUGAUGAUCCUUCUGAGUUGAUUAAUUGGCUAAAAGAGAAGCCUGUGAAAACUUUGCUGACCUCUGACAAAAGCCAGUGUGUCCGAAAAGCCAUCGAGUUCUCUUUCCAGCAGUUGAAUGAUGAUGAUAGGAAAGCGUUGGCUCGCCUUUCGUUGUUCAAUGGAAAUUUCCAAAGGAAGUCUGCCGAGGAGGUAAUUGAGAGAGAUGAGUUGGUAACUCAAGAUUUCUUAGAGCAGCUCGUUGCUCGAAGUUUAAUGCAGAGAAGCAGUGACAAGCGCUUCGUGAUUCAUUCACUUAUUCGACGCUUUCUGGCCAAUCAUCAUCAACUUCAAGAUGAAAAGGUUACAGCACAAGGAUUGAUGGUGAAGCAUUUUCUGAAGAUGUGUCAUUCUUUAACCAUGGAUUCUUUUUCUAAAAAUGGAUACACUGGUGCCAGAGAAUUACUGAAGACGGACAGCCACAAUGUUGAGGAAACGUUAAAAGUCUGCUGCCAAGAUCAAGCAACAAACCUGAAUCCAAACAUCUUUGAGUUGUUAGUAAGUAGUGAUAUUUACAAAUCUUCAUCCAGGUUCUUUUACCGUUUCUGCCGGGAUCUUCUUCCACAAAUUAUUUUGAGGAAUUUUCAGGAAUAUUGUAUUAAUCUGGCGAAAAUUCAAAAGCAACUAACCAUUGAGAUUACAUUUCAGUGUCUGGUAGCGGAUCAAGAAGGUCGUAAAUCCGCAUGGAAAUCUACUGAAUAUAUCGACAUGAUGGAGGCGAUCAAGGAUGCUUUAGACCAAAAUAAAGCGGUGCUGAAAGAGGAUAGGUCCUUAUAUAGCUAUUGUUACUAUUUUUAUGCCCGAUAUUAUUCUAACAUAGCACCAAAUACACCAUAUCCUGAUCUUCUAGAAGAUAAUCUUGCGCCUUUGCCUGAUAACCAAUAUCAAAACCCAAUGGAGAAUGCUGAAGAGACACUUUUUUUAAUCCAACGUGCACAAUUGAGCAAGAAACGUGCAAGUAAAGUAUUCCAUUCAGAUAAAGAAAAGUACGAGGAUUACAUGAACUGUGCAAAGUCAUUUUCCAGUCAAGCCUUGUCGAUAUCUCAAGAGUUGUUGGGCGAUCAUGAAUUAACUUGUAUUUCCCAUAAAUUAUUAGGAGACCUGUACUCACUUUUGCGGAAAAACAGUAAGGCGUUGCUGUAUUAUUCCGGGGCCAUAAAACUGAGCAAGAAACUAAAAGUUGAUCCCAACGAGCCUUUUGUGUACUUGCUAAAGAAUUAUGGUUCAUGCUUGUCUUUUCUUCGUCUCUUUGAUGAAUCGGUGAAAAUAUUAAACGAAGCUCGCGACAUAGCUGACAAACGCGCUCAGAAGCACUCCCCUUGUAGAGCCAAUGUCUAUUGUGCGUUGGCAAGAACGUAUCGUGCCUGGAAACCUGAUUGCAAAGAAGCCGCGAAAUAUGCUAAUACAGCAAUCGAGAUGGGAGAGUCGUUGGACUCACGCAGCGUAAAAACAAUGAAAGACAUUAUUGAAACAGCAGAAGAACACAUGGAGUGCGAGAAUGCACAACAAUGUUUGGACGUCAAUUCCGUUUUUGGAAAUAACGUUGACUGA